AUGAUUAAAUCGUCGAGGAAACUUUGACGUAAUCCUCCGCCACCUCCGCCUCGUAGCGGCAGUGGUUUAUGCGCCUCGCAGCCUCUAUCACUACAGCAAACGCCUCACCAUCAGCCCCAGCAACAGCAUCAUGCUCAGUGUCUAUCACCGGAUCAAAGGCGAUACUCGGCGACUGCUGCCACUGCGUGUCAACGUCCCUCUCCGCCCCAACGCGCUUCCGUGCAGCCCCCUCCGCCCCCUCCAAUUCCACCCCCAGAGGUGGUCUCGGAGUGUGUUGAUUUAGAAGUGACUAACGGUCUGCUUCGCCUUCUUUUUGCGCGUUUCGUAGGCACUGCUGCUCCUUCCAACGGCACUGUUAUCGGCGGAUCUGCUGUGGAAAGCAGCGCGCCCGAUCUACGACGGGUGGUGGCGCAUCUGGUCCGCAUCGCUCAUACCGAAAUUUAUAUUCAACCACCAAGCCUACAGACACCACAACGAUGUCUUGAGGCUUCCGUGGGACCUAGUGGUGGGCUGUUGGAAAAAAUGGAGGCGUCGAUUUAUGAACAAGUACCGCCUUCAUCUGCCGCCUACCUACAUUCUGGGAAGACUUUUGGGCCUGACACGGCUGUGGUGAACACAGCGGCAAAAAUCCAGAAGAGUAACAAUCAGAAUGACGAGACAGCCUCUGUUUCUUCUUCUUCUUCUUCUGCCACUUCGGAUUCAGCAUCUUCCAGCGAUGACGAAGAGGACGAGGAUGAAGCAGAUGUUGAAGGCGCAGACUGUGACCUCUACGAGGGUGUGGGGGGAGAUACAAGUUCCCUUGGGGCGCGUGUAUCGAGUCCUACCGCUUCCGCGCCCCUCUCCGCCUCCAAACCUGUCUCCGCCGCAGCUGCUAAUUCAUCUGCUCCUCAACAAACAAACUCAACCACACUUCUGACGGUAGCGGAAUUGCAUACGCUUCCCCAGAAUAUGACUAUCAAGUGUCUCAAGGCUUCUGCUAUGCAGGUGAGUUGA